GGCCGGGGCCGGACGGAGCUGCCGCCGGGCCGUGCCCCCGCGCCGUGACUCGCGGCCCCUCGAGCCCCGCGGGAGCCGGGAAGGCCCGCGCCGCCUGCGCUCGCCUCCAGCUGUCGGAAGCCUUGUCCUGCCCGCUAGAAGGGAUCGCUGUUCCGUAGCGCCUCGUUCGGUUUGUACAGGCGCCUAGAGAUGGACGCCAAGACCGCCAUAGAGCGAAUUAUUGCCAAGAGGGGCCUGAAGCUUGGCAGCUCCAGAGCUGACGGUGGGCUCGAGAAGGGGAAGCGGGAGGGCGCUGCCCCGGGGAAGUCCAUGGAGGAGGUGGCCACGGGCAAAGGCAGAAUGACGGAGCCGGAGAGGAGCGAGCUCCUGCAGAAAAUACUUUCACUUGAGAAAGAAAAAGAAAAAUACAACCAUCUUCUUGGAGAGAAGGAAAGAGAAAUCCAAAACCUGAAAGACAAGCUUAGGUCCAAAACCAAGACUAGUGAAGUGUCCUUACUACAAAAUCAACUAGAGGAAAAAACAAAGGAAGCAGAAAGAAGAGAACAGUUACUUUGUUCUCUAUCAGAAGAAAUUAAUAGGUUAAAAUGUAAUUUGUCUGCAGUCAUGGCAAAAUGCUCUGAUCUUGAGAAUGAAGCCAGUAGUACUUCUCAGGCAUCCCAGGAAGCUGCAACAAACAGCACUGAAAUUGAAAGACAAUUGAAAGAUGCUCUUGAGAAAAAUCAGCAGUGGCUACUGUAUGACCAGCAACGGGAAGCAUAUGUGAGGGGACUGCUUGGAAGGAUCUUUGAACUUGAACAGAAAGCAGAAAUAGUUAGCCAGCAAGAAUCUAAAUCAAAUUCAGAAGGUCAUCCACAAGAGGAAAAGCAAGAAUACUGUGACCAGCUGUUCCUAACUGCUAAGAGAGAUCCUGAGACUGAAAGACGCACCAUAACCCAGCUGAGAUCUGAGCUUAAUGAGCUUAAAAAGACAUAUCAAGAAACGCAAGGGGAAAUGAUGAGUUUAAAUGCCUUAUUGCAGUCACAACAGCUUGCUGAAAUGAAGACUCAAGAAAAUGAAAAUACAAUGAAGGAGAAAGCACAAAGACUAAAACAGGAAAAUGAAACUCUCAAAGAACAGCUCAGAGAAGAAAAAGAAAAGUCUGAAGAUCUUUUAUGUCAGGUGCAGCUUCUUCGUAAAUCAUUGCUCAGACAGGAGGCAGAACACACAAGAAUAGCUUUGUUGGAACAACAGAUCCAGAUAUGUACCACAGACUUAGAGAACGGGAAGCUUGAUCGCCACAACCUGAAGCUUGAGUUAAACCAUGUUCUCAAGGAGCUGCGCAAGGCCAAGGAGAAAAUAACCCGUCUGGAACCCCUGAAACUCCGGGAAUCUGGACAUAUGGAAUCACAAGAAGACUUGCAAGCUGUAUUUGACAAGAAGCUGACCACAUAUGACAGAAGUCCUCCCCUGAAACAUUCCAGCUGCCUUGAUGAAAGUUUUCUCGAGUGUCCCAAAUGUAAAGUGCUAUAUCCAACGAGCCAGCAUAGAGAAUUACUAGCACACAUUGACUUCUGUACAGCUUGAGCUCCAAGUGGAGUAACUAUCUUUGCUACAUAUAUGCUGCCAAUAUGCCUGGCAAAAGAUCUUUUAAAGCUUUUUUCUUGCAGUUGUAUAAACAACUGCUGAUUUUAUAAUUCAGUUCCACAAAAAAUAGUAUUAACAUUAUAAUUUGGCCUUAGUAUUUUACCUCAUGUUUUUGCAAAACAGCUACUGCAUUUUCUAAUUGCAAACAGAAAUAUUUUUAGAGUUAGGAAUAUUUUAAAUAGUAAACUACUGAUGGGGUUUUUUUGCACUAUUAAAUGUAGGAAAUAGUAAAAGCACAAUUAUUGUGUCAGACUGUAUUUUAGUUUUGGCAUACCCAGUUCUUGGUUAUUGAAUCCUGAUCAUUGUGCUUGUACCUUAACUGACAAGAAUAGCUGCAAAAGAUUUUUGGCCCUCAUAGGUGCACUAAAUAUAUAUAUAUAUUUAUUUAUACAUGGUGUGUGUAUAUAUGUGUAGUGUGUUUAGUAUAUACAUACAUGUGUUAUAUAUCAUAUAUAUGUGGAAUAUCAACAUCUUGAUACAUAAAAACUCAGGAGGGCCAUGUUAGAUCUUUGCUGCUUAAGAUUGAUGUUCAAACCAUCAAUCUUAAGUAGCUGAUUAUCCUGAACCACCAUCAGGGAUGACUAAAAUGCUGACCAAGGUUUAACCUCAGAAAAACAAACUUCAUAGCAAACAAAAACUUCCUUGGUGCCAAAGAAAGUUUAUAUUUCAGACAAUGUCAGAGGCCAUUUUUGAAUUUUGCAUAUAGAAUUAUGCUGAAUUAAACUUGUUUUGCUUCUGUGUUUUAGAGGUUUAAGUUGGGAAAUGUCAGUUAUUCAACCUUAGAUUUGACAAAUCUAAGCAGUUUUUAACAAAUUGCUCCAGUGUAUUUGGAGUGUCACUGUAUUUUGGCAUUAAUAUGAAGCAUGAGUUAAUGACAAAUUCUGGCAACAAAUUAGAAAAUUCUGGCAAAAAAAAUCCCUAAUGGAUUUGCAAUUGCAGUGGUAUUUUUCUCUAGCACUUACUGUAAACUGGAAUGUGUUGUGAGCAUUUUGUUCCUUGCAUAUGUAGUGAAAUCCCAACAAGAAGUUACUUCUGUGGAAAUUAUUAAAAUGGGGAAAUUUUACAAAGAUACACUAGUUAAGAAUAAAUUUGUGCAUUUUACAAGUUUGUGGUUUGCUGAGGACACACAGGUACCCAAGGUGUUUCUUUCUCUGGCCUGCUGAUUCUGAUUGCUAGCUGGUGUCAGCUUUCUCCAUCGUGCAUUGCUGCAGAACUAUGCUUUUACUCAUAAUGUUCACCUUAAUCCCUAAAGGUUAAAUCUUAUUCUUAAAUAUGAAGAUGUUUUCCAAUUUAUUGAAAACAACUGAUAGUAUCAAGUGAUGUUAUUCUCAAUUAAAUCCAGUACUCAUGAGAUAGAAAAUACUAAAAGGUAUUAUCUUCAUAUGUGAAAUAUCUGCCAGAUUUAUUGUAUUAGCCAUUCUCUAUCCACUUUUCAAUUUCACCGAUUGUGUCUCAGGCUAAUCUUUGUAUUUGACAAUUUGCUCAAUUGCUAGCAACAGAUUUUCUGACUAAAGAUAUGAUAAACUAACGAGUAAAAGAGAAAUUGUGCUUCAGAAUCUCAAGGUUUUGUCAUGAGGGAAAUUGUCUUAAUUUCAUAUAUUUUUAAAAAUCUUUUCGUUCAGGAUGAUAACUAUGCUUUUCAUUACAGCCUAACAAUUUUAAUUUAUAAUUAAACUACUUUUAAAAGUUUAAGUUUGUCUUUGAACAACACCUUAAUCAGCUAGUAUUUUAUUCUCAGUUGCAUACUCAGCAUAGUUUCUGCAAAACGAAAUCCUCAUCUUUUAUGUAUUAUAAAUGAAAUAGAUUUGCCUACUACAGGUCAGAACUCUUCAGUAGUUCUGAGGCUUUCUUGAAUCAGCAUAAAACACUUCUGCAUUAGAAACUGGUACUGUAGAGGGAGACUCGGAAAGUUCAUAAUGUGAUAACGUUUAAAAAGUUUUGUUCAUUCCACCUUUUCUGAACUUUAACAAUGGAUUUAGUCCUACCUGAUAAAUUUUACACCUAAGCACAAAAACCCCGUUGCUGAUAAAUUUUUACAGGUCAUUAUUGUGGUAUAUGUUGCAAAAUACUAACAUGACAUUCCAGUAAAGUAAAACACUGAAAGCAGACCCACAAAUACUAUUGUCAUCACCUACAUGUAAUUAAAACCAACUAUAAACCUCCAACUUCAUAAGGUAUGCAAAUCAUAACACUACUUUUUUCCCAUUCCUUAGAAGCUAAGAAAUCUCAGAAAUUUUUUUUUCACUCAAAGUUAACAAAGGAGA